ACAUAAGGUUCGCCUUUUGAAGUUUCAAAAUCAUUUUCUUCCCACUUUUCCCGAACAGCAGAGUUCGUUACCUGAGGAAAAUAGAAAUUAAGCAUUCAAAAAUCAUCCACCAAUCCUCACUUCUGCAUCUUUUGCAGACUGAGUGAGAGUGGGAGGGAUUGAUCGAAUUUUGGAGGAGUAUGAGCGUGAUGGGGAGGCAGAUGCCACGAUCUAAUUCCUCAGUGCACCACCAGCGUCAGAAUUCCGAUAACUUUCUUGAGACCACUUCAAGGGGAAGAUGGUUUCAGUCGUCUACUUCCACGCAGGAGUUUGGUUCCUAUGUGGGAGGACUUCAGGGGUUUGGUGGGUAUCGGUCUUCCAGCUUAAGGAAGAACGAUGACGAUCAAGUCUUUCUCGGUGGGCUUACCCAUGGCCUUCUUGAUCUGCAUUCCUUCAAUACUGAGCUUUUACCUGAGAUGUCUAGUAUUCACGAUGAAUAUUUAACCAAUCAUCCUGCUCGUGGUAGAAGUUUUGAUGAUUCCGAGCCGUUUUCUUCCAUACCUGUAAACAAAGCUCGGGGCUUGCCUGAGACCAAUCUUAAAAGUCUCUCAGCAGAUAAAGAGAGAGCAAACAAUGUUGCUAAGAUCAAAGUUGUGGUUCGCAAGAGACCACUAAAUAAGAAAGAAAUAGCAAAGAAAGAGGAAGAUAUAAUUGCCAUAGAUUCCAAUGCUCUCACGGUUCAUGAAAGGAAACUUAAGGUCGACUUAACAGAAUAUGUUGAGAAACAUGAAUUUGUUUUUGAUGCUGUACUGGAUGAAGAUGUUUCAAAUGAUAAAGUGUAUUCUGAGACGGUGGAACCUAUUGUUCCUCUUAUUUUCCAACGAACAAAAGCCACUUGCUUUGCAUAUGGCCAAACAGGAAGUGGGAAGACUUAUACCAUGCAACCACUGCCUCUCAAAGCAUCCCAAGAUAUUUUAAAAUUGAUGUAUUAUACGUACCGGAACCAAGGUCUCCAAUUAUAUGUUAGUUUCUUUGAGAUAUAUGGGGGAAAAGUAUUUGAUCUCCUCAACGAUCGAAAAAAGCUUUUCAUGAGGGAGGAUGGAAAACAACAGGUUUGCAUUGUGGGCUUGCAAGAAUACAGAGUAUCUGAUGUUGGGGCAAUCAAGGAAUUUAUAGAGAAAGGGAAUGCUACAAGAAGUACUGGUACAACUGGCGCGAAUGAGGAAUCCUCUCGAUCACAUGCCAUACUUCAGCUUUGUAUCAAGAAAUCAGUUGAUGGUACAGAAUCCAAGCCUGCUCGACUUGUUGGCAAGCUAUCUUUUAUUGAUCUUGCUGGAAGUGAGCGUGGUGCGGAUACUACAGAUAAUGAUAAACAGACAAGGAUUGAAGGUGCAGAAAUUAAUAAAAGCUUACUUGCUUUGAAGGAAUGCAUUAGAGCUCUUGACAAUGACCAGGGACAUAUUCCUUUCAGAGGAAGUAAAUUGACAGAAGUCUUAAGAGAUUCUUUUGUUGGUGACUCACGCACUGUAAUGAUAUCAUGCAUUUCACCGAGCUCAGGUUCAUGUGAGCAUACUCUGAACACUUUAAGAUAUGCUGACAGGGUGAAGAGUUUGUCAAAAGGAAAUACCUCCAAAAAGGAAUCCGUUCCUUCAUCUUCAAACCUGAGGGACUCGACAACAUUGCCUUCGUCGUCAGUUAUAUCUCGUGAGGAUACCUUUGAAGAUGAAAUAAAUUACAUUUCUAAUGACAAGAAUCGUUUUGGUUGGUCCAAACAACUUGAAAGAGAGCCCUCUCCUCCAAUUAACAUGGAUCGGGUUCCUAGUGGAAGGAUGGGGGGAAAUUUCGCUGCAUCUGUGUAUUCAGACUCACAAAGGGGCCAAAGAGGUGGUCAAAACGACGAAGCUGAAAAUGACGUUGAUUACCUUAAGCCAACAUAUGAACAAGACAGAACGAGAAAGACGAGUAAGAAGGCAGACACCACCCGAUUAGCUUCUGUGGAGUACAAGAAGAUAGACUCUCAUGUGAAACGUAUGGAUCAGCCUAAGGCUAAUCAUAAGAAUACUCCUGAUGAUGACCUAAAUGCCCUGUUAAAGAAAGAGGAAGAUCUUGUAGCAGCUCAUAGGAGACAAGUGGAGGACACAAUGGACCUUGUUAGAGAGGAGAUGAAUCUGCUCGUUGAGGCUGAUGAACCCGGAAAUCAGCUCGAUGGUUAUAUUGUCAAAUUAAAUUCAAUUUUGUCACGGAAAGCUGCUGGAAUUCUUCAACUGCAGACCCAGUUGGCUCAAUUUCAAAGACACUUGAAGGAGUACAAUGUUCUGGUGUCCUCUGAUAACUAAGUACCAACCGUGAUUAGGUAUGAUUGUUAUUUAUUAUGGAUUUUCAGAGUGGCGAAAUGGUAUCAACCCAGGGUUCUUCUUACUACUACCUCCUCAGAGGGGCCAUUGCUGUGACUUGAACUGACACGAACCGAAGAUAUCCUCAUCUGUCAAGCUCUUUCUGACAACCUGAGGAAUGUAAACUAAUUCAAGUGAAAGUCCCUGGGUUGCUGUUUUGCAAUCGGGAAUCCUCGAGAAUUUUUUUUUUUGGGGUUUUAAAUUGGUCCGGCCUUGUUGGAUUUUGACUUUGUUUUGGUUGUAUUGUCUUUUUGUGUUGUAUAGACUGUAUAUUUGGAAUGGUUUUAUUUGUUUAGUCAGUUUAUAAAUUGAGUUUUGGUUUUGGUAUUCCAA